AUGCUUAAUGAUAUCCAAGGUGUUUUAGUAAGCAAGGAUUCUCCAAAACAAGGGGGAGACAAGGACCAACAACCAAAUACUAAAACUGACCAGAAGGAGCCAUCUGAAUCCAAGGAGAUAGUGAGAGACAAACGUGAUAAAGAGCUAGAUGAUAUUCAUUCUCUUUGGAAGAAAUUAGAAGCAGAGGAUGCUAAGGCUAAGAAUGAAAAAAUGGUGCUUGAAACUAAAAAAUCAUUAAUUACUUGUUGGUCAAUGAAGUACAUUCAGAAAGAGAGGAGUAAUCACAUUUUAGAUGAGUUCACUUUGGUGGACCUGCCAUUUCUGAACCAAUACGACUGGAUCUCCUUGUUUCACAUUGUUACGAAAGAGGAAAAGAAGUAUGAGCCUAUUGUUGCACAUUUUUUAAAAAGGAUGCUUAUUUGCUACAUCCAAGAAAUUGCAAAGAUGGAUGUUGAAAUAACAUCAGUUCUGAAGAAGAAGCCCAUUCUAAAGCUGGAAGAGCAACUGAAGGAUAGUUAG